AUGUCAGAGACGGGCGUCGGGAUGGCCAGUCCUGAUCAUGAGCACUUUAUGAAGCUUAGAGAAGCCAAUGAAGCCUUUUACGGUUUCGUCGAGUUUUUGGACGAGUUUGUAGAAAAUGGUGAAUUAGGGGGUCAAGAUGCCGCUCGACGCCUAAUCCAACACGUUUCGGAGUACGUACAGAAUGAAUUGGCUGAUCUUCGCCCUGACCUCCCUGUGGUUGUCCGUGUCUACGCAAAUUUGAAGGGAUUGAGGAGGACAUACCAGGAGGCUCAUAUACUGGACGAUGAAAAUGAGUUUGAGCUGUUUGUUCGUGGGUUCAACAUGGGCCACCCCCUAUGCGAUUUUGUGGACGCUGGUGCUGGCAAGGAAUGCUCGGACGAGAAGAUUCGAGAAACUUUCAAGUUGCACGCCGGCAAUGUCCAUUGCAAACACAUCGUGUUUGCCGGCUCCACAGAUAACGGGUAUGCCCGGCUACUCGGGCCCUACAGCAGUACUACAGACUUCUGCAAGCGUGUGACGAUGCUCGAAGGACCGCCGUUCGAGAAAGAGCUCGCACAGUUGAAGGACAAAUACCGUACUACCUCAUUCCCGACGGUUUUCCGUGACACGAAACUACCUCCAAUUCGGCGAGUUUCAUUUUCCGCCACGCCAAUAUAUGAACCGAAUCCGACAAAAUCGCCACCAAGCUAUGCCUCUGCUGCAUCCUUUAGCAGUUCGCCCCCGGCGUAUAACGGGUCUCGCCCAUCCACUCCGGCACCAGUUGAGAAAACGCCGGGGUCACCGAGCGGCGCCAACGGACCAGCUUGGUUCAAUGGUAACGGUACCGUGUGCGGGGUGGCGGUUCUGAAAAAUAAACAUGGGCAGAGAGUCGACUCUCCAAUUAAACCCUCAUCAAGCAUUGUUCAAAGCCUUAAAUCGCGAAAGCUUUGCAACCCAUACCAUCUUCUGGGCACCUGUCACUUUCUUGCCUGUAAGCAUGAGCAUGGCGAAAGGUUGAACGAUAAAAUGAUGGAGGCUUUGCGCUACGUAGCGCGACUUGCGCCGUGUCCUUCUGGUUUGGAAUGCGAGGACGAAAAUUGUUAUUCUGGCCAUAGGUGUCCGAACAAUCCUUGCCACCGACCAAAUUGCCAUUUCCCAAAGGAGAUGCAUGGAGUUGACACGAAGAUUUGUAAAACCUGGAAACGGGUCUGGAAUCUCGCGCCCAAUAAGGCCCGAGAAGACAGGAAUUGUGAUGUCGGCUCUGAUGUGGUGAAUCGCCAUUACAAACUUGUUCGAGGGGCAGAAACCAAGUUGGAAUUUGGAAGACGAAGGCAUAUCAGAGCAGAUAUCAACACCGUGACUCUGCACUACGAUGAUGCUUAUCUGAGCCACUACUUCUCCGCAUCUCUCACUCAGCACUCUGGCAUCCAAAGGCACCAGCUGCAACUGUUCUCCAUGCAUAAUCAUGUUGAGAAUCCUUCGGCCAAUUGCAGCGCUAAAACGGUGCUGUUUCCGCACCUUUGUUUCCGGUUCUUCAUUUCGCGCGCUGCUCCAGCGCUGAAAAGGGCGGUGUUGGCUAUCAAGCCGCCGCGCCAGCCUCAUCCGCCUACUGGAAGCGGAAAUAGACUUCUGAGCUAUAAUGAGACCGUUCUCCAAAAGCCCUUUGCUCCCGAAACCAUCUCAGUGGACUGGGUUUCCACUGAUAAGGACGGUCAAUAUGUAUAUCAGAAAUCGGAUUCGACUCUUGUUUUGCAGCAUAUCGCCACUGAAACCCAGAGGGUCUUGAUCGAUUCUGACCGGGUGCCGGAUGAUGCCCAUGAAUAUUUCCUCAAGCCAGACCUAUCAGCAGUUAUGUGGGCUACCAACUACACCAAGCAGUAUCGCCAUUCCUAUUUCGCAAACUACUUCAUUCAAGACGUUGAGUCUGGAGAAUUGACUCCCUUGGCCAAAGACCAAGCCGGCGAUCUGCAGUAUGCUGCUUGGAGCCCUGUUGGAAAUGCAAUUGCAUACGUCCGUGGAAACAAUUUGUUUAUCUGGAAGGACGGUACCACUACGCAAAUUACUUCGGACGGAGGUGUUGACACCUUUAAUGGUGUCCCCGAUUGGGUCUAUGAGGAAGAAAUCUUUGGCGAUCGGUAUGCGCUUUGGUUCUCCCCUGACGGGCAAUAUCUUGCUUUCCUACGCUUUGAUGAAACUGGGGUACCAACAUAUACAGUUCCGUACUAUAUGGGCAAUCAAGAAGUGCCUCCGUCCUACCCAAAGGAAUUGGAUAUCCGUUAUCCAAAGGUGUCUCAAACCAAUCCCCGAGUCGAAUUCCAUAUCUUAGACGUGAACUCCCUCAAAAGCAAAAAGGUGUCUUCCGAAGCAUUUCCCGCGGAUGACCUAAUCAUUGGUGAAGUUGCGUGGGUCACUGAGAAGCACGAAGCAGUCGUGUUCCGCGCUUUCAAUAGAGUCCAAGAUCAAGAAAAAGUUAUUCUGGUGUAUGCUUCCUCUGGAAAAUCUUCGGUAGUUCGUGAAAGAGAUGGCACCGAUGGUUGGUUGGACAAUCUAUUGUCCAUCAAUUAUGUCGGCAAGGUUCAAAACGAAAAAACCCAAGGCCAUCACAACACCUACUAUGCAGAUAUCUCUGAUGUGUCUGGAUGGGCACAUAUUUAUUUGUUCCCCGUGGAGGGAGGUGAGCCGAUCUCAUUGACUUCUGGAGAAUGGGAGGUCACGUCCAUUGUUAGCAUCGACAGGGAGCGCGAAUUGAUCUAUUACCUUUCAACCAAACAUCACCCUACAGAACGGCAUCUGUAUUCGGUGUCAUUCCGCACCUUGAAAAGCAAACCUCUCGUCGAUGACACAGUCGCAGGUUACUGGUCUGCGUCCUUCUCCUCCAAGGGUGGAUAUUAUUUGCUCACCUACGGUGGCCCAGACGUUCCUUACCAGGAACUCUUCUCUGUUGAUUCCCCUAAGCCGCUCCGAGUGAUCACCAGCAACGAGGACAUAGUAGACGCGCUCAAAGAAUUCAAACUACCCAAAAUCUCAUUUUUUGACCUCUCCAUUGAAUCCGGCUUCAACCUCACUGUCAUGCAGCGCCUUCCAGCAAACUUUGACCAAAGGAAGAAAUACCCGGUCCUCUUCACCCCGUAUGGUGGACCAGGAGCUCAAGAGGCUAGCAAAGCCUGGAAAGCGCUGGACUGGAAAGCCUACAUCGCAUCCGACCCAGAGUUAGAAUACAUCACCUGGACCGUUGACAACCGUGGCACAGGCUUCAGGGGCCGCAAAUUCCGCGCAGCCGUCGCCAAGCAACUCGACCUACUCGAAGCGCAAGACCAAAUCGCAGCUGCGAAGGCCAUAGGUAAGAAUUGCUUCGUCGACAAGGACCGUAUCGGCAUAUGGGGCUGGAGCUAUGGCGGUUAUCUCUCGUCCAAGGUGCUCGAGACUGACAGCGGCGUCUUCUCCUUCGGUAUGAUCACUGCACCCGUCACUGACUGGCGCCUGUACGAUAGCAUGUACACCGAACGCUACAUGAAAACCUUCGAACUGAACGAGGCGGGAUAUAACACCAGCGCAGUGCGCAAGCCCGCGGGCUUUUCUAAUAUCGCGGGCAGUUUCCUACUGCAGCACGGCACGGGAGACGAUAACGUGCACUUCCAGCAUUCUGCUGCCCUGACCGAUAUGUUGAUGGGCGGUGGAGUGCCACCUCAGAAGAUGGAGUCGCAGUGGUUUACGGAUUCUGACCAUUCUAUUACGUAUCACGGUAGCUCUGUUUUCCUGUAUAAGCAACUGACACGGAUGUUGUAUAGGCAGAAGACGAGGGAUGUGACGAAGGGGCCUGAGAUUCAUCAGUGGAGUCGGAGGGAUCGGAAUGGCCUGAGAUUUUGA